ACGUCCUCACGUAUCUCUGUCCUCAACCGUUUCAUCCGCUAAAUACCAAAUGCCUUCACAUUCAUUUCUCUAUUGCUGAUUGCUAUCCCUUAUUUUGCGGCCCAUAAGAAAGCCCGAACCUCAGAAUCUGAAACCGUCAACAAUAGACCUCAGACCUUGCCGGCGACAACCUCUGUCCCUUAUAUACCGGAUCCCUCCCGCCCUGAUUUCCUUUGCCGUUUGUCAUCAGCACGGCCCGGGCUGUUGCUUCCUCCUCCGCUCAAUACCCAUCUUUCUGGGAGGACUAGCUCUGUCCCGUCGCCUAAUCUCAGCUGAAUUUUUCUCGGGAGAGUUUGUUUUUUCUCGAGGGUUUCCAUCUGUAUUUUCCAGCUGGGAUUGCUAUCUGCUUGCAAUUUGGGGCAUUCGAGGAUUUUAAUCAAGAACAAGGGGUUUAAAGAAUCAAGAAAUUGAAUUGGAAUCCGAAACUUCGACUUCUGUUCUCAGGCACUAGGGCGUUUUCUUUUUCUCUCGGGUGAAAUCCAAGCCUAUCGUUUUCUGUUGGUGAAAAGGAAAACCCAGUUCUCACAUUCGUCAAAGCUUCCUGAAAGACCACCCAACCUAGGAACCGAUUUCUUCCAAUUCAACUCUGUUAUCUUUUUCAUCAUGACUCGGCAAAUCGUCAUGCGCCCACCUUCCCUGAACCGCCGGCAACCACUGCUGGCCAGCCAAUCCUCCUCCGGCAGCAUCCGUUUCGCCGAGGUGGCAGGUGAGACCACCGCAGAGUGCGCCGCUGUGGCCUGCUGUUGUCCAUGUGGGCUCGUGAACCUCCUCGUCCUCGCCGUCUACAAGGUUCCGGCAGGCCUCUGCCGGCGCGCGCUCAAGAAGAAGCGCCUCCGACGCAUGAUCAAGAAGGGUCUUCUACAGCCGCGUCGCCGUCGCUGCCCUUGCGGCUGCGAUGACACGGAGCUCCAAAUCCACCCGAUUUCAGGCGAUGUAACAGACACCGAUAUUUCGGUAAAAUCAAACGAAUCGGAACAAGAGGUAAUGGACUUAGAGAAAGAAAUGUGGGACAAGUUUUACAGUACUGGGUUUUGGAGAAGUUCUUCUCAAAGGGAGUUUUGAUCUCCUUUACUGCCGUGGUGAAGGUGGUUGGGUCAAUGAAAUUGGGAGGUUCUUUUUAGCUAUCUACACAAAAGGGUGGCAAGGUUAGAUGAUCAAGGGAGUGGAGAGAACGGAGUCUGAUUUUCGUUGUGAAGGCUCCAUUGUCACGUAAAAUUGUCCGGCAGCCUCAUUGCUUUGCUGAUAACCUCUGUAUAUUUCAUCAAUUCAUAAUUUUAGAUUGAAUUUCAUACAAUUUGCCCUUUGGGUUUGAGUUUGGACGAUUCAAUUUGAAUUUUAAGUAUGAAUAUAUAAAUAAAUAAAUUCAGUGGUAUCCAUCGUUUGAUUCA